UUACCACCUGCAUGGCUUAUGAAGGAAGCAAAAAGUCAGCCGGGAUCGUAUUAUUAUUACAAUCUCGAAACGGGCGAAUGUACUUGGGAGGAACCCUUUCGUACGAAUUCUAAUACAGUGUCUUCUGAUACAACUGCUUCCAUGGAUAAGCCCACACACGUUCGCGCUUUGCAUAUCUUGCGUAAACACAAAGACAGUAAGCGACCGAGUUCUUGGCGUGUACCGAAGAUCACUAUUUCACGCGAACAAGCUCGCGAAGAAUUGCAGGGUCUACUCGAAAUCUUACAAGAAGAAGCGCACGAUAUGGGUUCGCUUAAGGCAACCUUUGAAGAACUGGCGAAGGAGGAGUCAGAUUGCAGUUCCGCUAAACGGGGUGGGGAUCUAGGAGUUUUCGGACGCGGGAAGAUGCGGCCAGAAUUUGAGCAUGCGGCAUUCGCCUUGGACGUCGGCCAGUUGAGUGGGCUCAUCGAUACCUCCUCUGGUGUCCACAUUAUUCUUCGGACAGAAUAGUUAACAGUUCUCCAAUCCAGACCUCGUUCUUUAAUGGAUCCUGUUGCUACUCGCA